CAACAAAAAGUUGCAGCUGGAUUUAGCAUUCAAAAUCAAAAAUCUACAUUCUGUGUUUUUUUUUCUCACAGAAAACUCUUCAUUGCUAUAAUUAGUAGUAGUGAAAUUGAAAGUUGAAAAACGAAAAAGAAGAAAAAGAAAAAGAACCAACGUGAAAAAAAAUGUUCCAAUUUAUUUUGAUAUUCAUUCUUUUUGGUUUGGUCCAUUCUAUGCAACAUGAUCGCACAUUUACUGUGGAUGAAAGUCAAGGAAUAUUUAUAAAAGAUGGCCAACCAUUUCGUUAUGUAUCCGGUUCUAUGCAUUAUUUCCGUAUUCCUGACCAAUAUUGGUUGGAUCGUCUACAAAAAGCACGUCAAGGCGGAUUGAAUGCCAUACAAACCUAUAUUGAAUGGAGUUCUCAUCAGCCAGAACCUAAUAUUUAUGAUUUCGGUGGAAAUCUAAAUUUUAGCCGAUAUUUUCAACUAGCACAACAAGCCGAUCUAUUGGUCAUUUUAAGACUUGGACCAUUUAUAGCUAGUGAAAGAGAUAAUAUGGGCCUACCAUAUUGGUUAGCAUCGAAAAAUUCGAAAAUGCGUUAUCGUACAUCAGAUCCUAGUUAUCUUCAUUAUGUUGCUGAAUGGUAUGAUAAAAUGUUACCAUUAAUAGUGCCAUAUCUUUAUGAAAAUGGUGGACCAAUAAUCAUGGCACAAAUUGAAAAUGAAUAUGGUUCAUUUGCAGUCAUUGAUGAUAAAUACAAAAUAUGGUUACGAGAUCUAAUUCGAAGCUAUGUUGGACCGCAGCUACUAUUGUUCACUGUUGAUGGUGAUGCAAAUUAUUACCUGUCACGUGGUACAAUUGAUGAUGUUUUUCCUACUGUUGAUUUUGGUCCUGGCACACAAAUAAAUCAGUCAUUUUCAAUACAAAAACUUUAUUCAUAUAAUGGACCAUCAGUUAAUACUGAAUAUUAUACCGGUUGGUUUGAUUGUUGGGGAUCACCACAUUCAACCAAUUCAUUGGAUGAAAUUGUUAAAAGUUUUGAUCAAAUGUUGGCAGCAAAUGCUUCAGUCAAUUUUUAUAUGUACCAUGGUGGUACAUCAUUUGGAUUCAUGAAUGGCGCCAUUGGCGAUUGGGGAAAACGAUUUGCACCAAUGGUUACUAGCUAUGAUUAUGAUGCACCAAUUGGUGAAUAUGGCCAGCUACGUCCACUAUAUUUUGCUAUUAAAAAAGUCAUUCAAAAGUAUUUUUCCAAUAUUCCAACAACAAGACAGUCGAUCGAUUUGGCUGAUGUUUCACAAAUGUCCAAUAAGUUUGCAAUCGAUACAAUCGAACAAGCUAAACAAUCAUAUAAUCACCAAUGGCAAAUAGCAAGUGGCAACGAAAACAAAAAACAACCAAAAAUCAUUAAUAUUCAAGUCGAUUUUCUAACCGAUAUUUUUCAAUUGAUAACAAAUCAAUCAUCAGAAGAAUCUGGACCAACAAUAAAACCUAUCGAAUCAUUAUGGCCAUUAACAUUUGAACAGCUAGGUUUACGUCAUGGUUUCAUCUAUUAUCAACAUGUGAUUGAUUUUCAUCCAUCUGAUCCAAUAUUAUUGAAUAUAACACAAUUACAUGAUCGUGCAUUGAUAUUCAUCAAUGAUAUAUAUCGUGCAACAUUAAGCCGUAUGGAUAUGAUUUUUACAGCACCAUUGAAUUCAUUACAAAAAGGUGAUAUUAUUGGAUUAUUGGUCGAAAAUCAAGGUCAUACAUGUUGUUCAUUGCAACCCGAACUAAAGGGAAUCGUUGGCAAUGUAACACUUGGUGAUCGCAUACUAAAAAAAUGGCAACAAUAUCCAUUAUUUUAUAAUUGGUCAUCAACAAUAGACACAACAUUAAUACAAUCAUCAUAUAUGACAUUGGAUAAAUCCAAUGAAUUAUCCGAAUACAAUUGUCUUUGUCCAGAUCGUACAUUUGAAUUAUAUCCAUCAUUUUAUUUGGGCAUAUUCAAUAUGACUGAACAGAAUGGAUCACAUGAUUGGUUUCUUGAUGUUCGCAGCUGUGCACGUAAAGGUGUUGCAUUUUUAAAUGGCCAUAAUAUUGGCCGUUAUUGGCCAGUAAUGGGGCCACAAAUAACAUUGUAUAUACCAAAACAAUGGUUUCAACAUGAUGAUGUGAAUACAUUGUUAUUAUUCGAAAUUGAAAGUGAACGAAAAUCCUGUUUUCAAGUUAAAUUAACUGAUCAACAUAUAUUGAAUGGAACGGUUCCGGAAAAUUAUUUAACCGGAGAAAAUCAAACAUUCGAUCAACAAUUUCGACCACAUCAUCGUUGAAAUUGUUCAUUGAAAUGAAACGAAAAAAAAACCAUAUAUAUUUGAAUCAUGAAUAAAUUCCAUGGUAAAUCAAA